CGCAAAGUUUUCAUUUGUGGUUUGUUGUUGUACUUUUUGUACCUAACUAUUAUAAUUAAUAUUUUUUUCAUAGUACAACAAACACAAUCUCUAUUUUUCAAUAAUCCAUUAGUUUACUAGUUUUAUUCUAUCAGGAUUUCUCCCAAUUUAUCAAAUUAAUUAGGAAAAAUGUCAGCUUUAUUAACAGCGGACUGGUUCCAGUUGGAUUCUUACUACAGGAAAUUUGACCUGUACAAUAUGAUAUGGACCAUGGAUGAAGGUUUAGGUAAUAUGAUCGUCUGUGGUGCAGCUUAUGGUGGUCCGAUAGCUGUUGUUAGAGAUAAGAAACAAUUUGUCCGAAUAAUGACCACAUCCAAACCAGUUAUAACAAUUUACAAUGGUGUUGGCAAUAUUAUAUCAAAAAUAUUGUGGAACAGUGGUGUGCUAGUUCACAUGGGUUGGUCUGAUGGGGAACAGCUACUGUGUAUACAGGAGAGUGGUGAUGUACUUGUGUAUGACAUGUUUGGAGCUUACCAGAAGACGUUUAGCAUGGGACAAGAAGUGAGAGAUACAAAGGUGUGUAAAGCACAAUUAUUCUCAAACCCUCACGGCAUUGGCUUAGCCGUAAUUACCACAACCAACCGAAUGUACUUAGUCAGCAAUGUUUCUGAUCCUAAACUAAGAUCAUUGCCUGAUCUACCAAGAGCAAACUUGCCAAUAAGUUCAUGGUGCGUGCUGAGUACUGGCCAACGGUCUUCAACACAGAUAAGUUUCCUUGUGUGCCGAGAUAAAGAAGUGUUUAAAUGUCAGCUUGGGGAAACUAGACCUAUACCUAUGCGUCCAGAAUUUAAAAAUGCAUACACUCAAGUACUAUCAAUAGUGCCAUCACAAAAUGGCCGCCAUGUCGCUCUGUUCACGGAUUCCGGUUUCCUGUGGAUAGGUUCUUCUGAUUUUAAGAACAAAUACUGUGAAAUUGAUACAGGAUACAUAAAACAACCAAAGGAACUUGUGUGGUGUGGUUCCCAAGCUAUAAUCGGUCAUUGGGAUGACAUGAUGUGUAUCUAUGGGUUUAAUGGUCAAUCCAUAACCUACCCUUACGAUGGGCCGUUCCACAUCAUACCAGAAAUGGACUGUGUUAGAGUGAUCUCUGAAUUGACGCAUGAGUUGAUACAGAAAGUGCCUGUUGUGGUUGAGAAGAUAUUCAGGAUAAAUAGUACUGCCCCUGGGUCUUAUUUGGUGGAGGCUUCUAAGCAGUUUCAGAAACGCAGCCACCGAGCGGACGAGUACAUCCGCCUAGUAAAACCAGAUCUGUCCACCGCAGUACAAGACUGUAUAGAUGCAGCGGCUUUUGAAUUCAACACUGAUGUUCAGAAGAUGUUGAUCCGAGCUGCUCAGUUCGGUAAAGGGUUCCUAUUGGAGCCAGCGUUGAUGGAACAUUAUGUGACCACGUGUAGAUGGCUGAGGGUGCUCAAUGCGGUGCGGGAUGUGAGAGUGGCGAUACCUUUGACGUUCUUGCAAGUUCAAAACUUAGGUGAAAGAAUCCUUCUAGACAGACUGAUUUGGCGCAGACUGCAUUGCCUCGCGGGACACAUCGCCUCUUAUUUACAAUUGAAAGACGGACAAACGAGAGUGCUCUCUCAUUGGGCCUGUUACAAGGUAACACAACCUCACCUGGACAAUGAAAGUGCGGCGCGGGAAAUAGGUGAGAAGCUUCGAAACAUUCCUGGUAUAUCAUAUUCCACUAUUGCUAUGAAAGCUGCAGAAAAAGGCAGGAAAGCGCUUGCUAUCAAGAUAUUGGAAUAUGAAACGCAUAGCAAAUUGCAAGUGCCUCUACUCCUAUCAUUGGAAGAAGGAGUCAUAGCCCUGUUAAAAGCUACAGCAAGCGGGGACACAGAUCUUGUGUAUAUUGUCCUACUACAUCUCAAGGAGAAGAUGGGAAAACAUGAAUUUGAGCUAACAAUCCGAAGUCUACCACUCGCGCAUGCGCUAUACAUAAAAUACUGCGCGAGUCACAACCGCGAAGCAUUGCGACAAGUGUACGUACAAGAGGACGAUUUCCCGGGACAAGCGCACACGCAUAUCCGGGACGCUAUAGAACAAACCAACCCGGGAAGUAUCGAGGCUUCGCUUAUUUCGGCUAGGGAGUGCUAUAAGAAGGGGAAAAACGAUUUGGGUGCAUCAAUCUGCGAGGACGCACGUAAACUUUGCAAGCAACAAUCUAGUUUACAAGAAACGUAUGGGGAAAGUUUUGUUGGUUUGUCCUUACAUGACACGGUGAAGAAACUGUUGAACCAGGGAGAAAUUAAGCUGGCUGAUAAAUUGCGCUCUGAAUAUAGAAUGCCGGAUAGGAGAUAUUGGUGGCUCAGAAUCUUAACUCUGGCUGAAAAAGAUGAUUGGACAGAACUAGAGAGAUUCUCUAAAUCGAAAAAGUCUCCAAUCGGCUACGAGCCAUUUGUGGACGCGUGUCUCAUGCACAGGAAAAAUGAUGAAGCCCUCAAAUACCUUCCGAAGUGUAGGGACGAUAUUAAAGUCAAAUACUACGUAAAAGCUGAGUUUUACGAAGAAGCAGCGCAAGUCGCUUUUGAACAAAAGGACGAAAGUGCACUUUUCUUCGUACAGAAUAAAUGCCCAAUUCGAGAAUCCACGAAACACGCUAGAAUCUCUGCGUUAUUAGAACAACUUUCAACUAGGAAAUAACUAAUAUAUAAAUUAUGUAUAAGUAUAUAAUGGACUGAUUAUGUAAAUACUAUAAAAAAAUAUCAUUAUUUAUUUACCUCAUUUAAAAAUACGUAGGUAGUAACACCAUUAAAUGAAACACAGUAGAAUAAUCUUGUUUUUCAUAGGAAACUAUAGCUAAAAUGUGCAAGAAAUAAUGUUAUUACUUGAUAUGCAUGUAUUAAAUUUAUUAUUAUUUAAUAUGCGUUAUUCAUGUCAAAAUAUCCCACAAAUAGGCUUAAACAUUGUAAUUAUAUAACUAUAAGUUUGAUAAUGUAUUGUGAUACUAUUAAGUUUAUUAUACGGCAACAAUCGCCGAAAUGCAUUCUAGUAAUAUUAUUUCAUUGAAAUUAAAUAAUAAUUAUAUCCA